UCUACCUGAAAAACAACUUGUUUCCUUGCUUAUGUAAACAACACCAUGAGAAAGGACAGGUACUCAACUUGAAUGCCCAAAAUGGCUUUGUUACAGUCACCCCUCCAUUUUUCAAAUUCAUUUCUCAGCACAAGCACCAUUGUCGCACUCUGCGUAUUCUUUUCCCUCCUCUGUGCUUGCAUCAUCAUUGGCCAUCUUCUGGAAAAGAACCGGUGGGCCAAUGAAUCCAUCACUGCCCUUCUUCUGGGGUUGUGUUCUGGAGUGGUGGUGUUGCUGGUGACCAAGUUCCAUAGUACCAAGAUUCUAAUAUUCAGUGAAGACUUGUUCUUCCUUUACUUGCUUCCACCAAUCAUUUUCAAUGCCGGUUUCCAAGUCAAGAAGAAACGGUUCUUCAAGAAUUUCACAACUAUACUGCUGUUUGGAGUCCCUGGAACAUUUAUUUCAUUCCUUCUCAUAUCUGCUUGUGCCUUUCUGCUCAUUAGAUGGAUUGGCAUUACUAACCUGGGCAUAAAAGAUUACCUAGCCAUUGGUGCCAUAUUGUCAGCAACUGAUUCAGUUUGUACAUUGCAGGUUCUCAGUCAAGAUGAAACACCCUUGCUUUACAGUAUUGUAUUUGGGGAGGGAGUAGUAAAUGAUGCUACGUCUAUUGUGCUUUUCAAUUCGGUCCAAUCACUUGACUUCAGCAGCAUCAAUGCUAUUACAGCCUUGAAAUUGUUGGGGACCUUCCUUUACCUCUUCUGCACUAGUACCGCCCUUGGCAUAGCAGUUGGCCUUUUAAGUGCUUACAUUAUUAAAACACUUUACUUUGGAAGGCACUCUACCGAUCGUGAAGUUGCACUUAUGAUGUUGAUGGCAUAUUUGUCAUAUAUGGUUGCUGAGCUUUUAAAUCUCAGUGGGAUUUUGACUAUUUUCUUCUGCGGCAUUGUUAUGUCACACUACACAUGGCACAACGUUACAGGAAGCUCAAGGACAACAACCAAGCACUCCUUUGCAACUAUCUCAUUCAUUGCUGAAACCUUUAUAUUUCUAUAUGUUGGCAUGGAUGCUUUAGACAUUGACAAAUGGAAAAUGAGCAAAGCCAGCGUAGGAACUUCAGUUGCUGUAAGUUCAACGUUGUUUGCGUUAGUGUUGAUUGGAAGAGCAGCUUUUGUGUUCCCUAUUGCAAACCUUACCAAUUGCAUGCAGACAAGAGAGAGCACCAAACUUGAGCUUCGAUCGCAGUUUAUAAUAUGGUGGGCAGGCCUAAUGAGAGGUGCAGUGACUAUUGCCUUGUCUUAUAACCAGUUUGCACGAUCCGAGGUAACAUCAGAGCGAGAUUCAGCAUUAAUGAUCACCUCUACUAUAGUAGUUGUCUUAUUCAGUACUGUGGUUUUUGGUUCUAUAACAAAACCUCUGAUCGAGGCUGUUCAGCUACGGCAUUCAAAACCACCUAUUUCUGAUUCCACUGAUAAUCUAGAAGAUUUGAGAUCACUAUUCCUUGAAAACAGUGGUCCUAUUAACCAAGGCAACAACAAUGAACCAUGUCACAGGCGGAGUAGCCUACGUUUACUUAUAUCUCAUCCAGCUACAACCGUUCACUACUUUUGGAGGAAAUUUGAUGACAAGUUUAUGAGACCAGUAUUUGGUGGAAGGGGUUUUGUUCCACCGGUUCCUGGUUCACCAUCACCAUCUGGUGAACCAGAGGAUACUUCUUGAAACACAAACAAGCAUAAUGCACUAACAGUGUUCUUUUCUUACUGCAGCAUAUAUUAAAACAUUUUCUCUCUACAGUGCCCUAAGUUAAAUGGCAGAAUUAGAUUUGUAGUUUAUCAUGGCAUGGAUUUUUGAAGGGAUAAUUUUUCAUUUGAAAUAGUUAUAGUGGUGUUUGUAAACAAUGGAUUUAUAUUCUCUGUUAUUUGGAGAGAGAUAUAUGACUGACAAUAUCUGAGUGUGAAGUCAUUACAAUACAAAGCAUGUA